AUGGAAUUUGUUCAGUCUCAUGUAGAUAGUAACGCUGAUGUUACUCUUUCCUGCGCACUAGUCAGUGAAAGCUGUGCAUCGAACUUUGGUUUAGUGAAGAUUGAUAGAGGUGGGCAACACAGUUUCCCUGAGAAACAACCGGGAAUUGAUCUGAAAUCAAUGGAAACGGACACAACAAUGCUUGGACUGUCUCGUGAAGAAGCUACAGAUUCUCCAUUCAUUACAUCAAUGGGAGUUUAUUGUUUCAAAACCAAAGCUUUGCUGGAUCUUCUGGCACAACGGUAUCCAACUUCCAAUGACUUUGGAUCUGAAUUUAUUCCUGCUGCCAUAAGAGAUCACGAUGUUCAAGUUAGAAUCUCUCAGAGAAUACACACUCCAAUCUUCUUGAUCUCUUGGAUCCAUUUUCUCAACCUUUUGUUCUCUUUAUUUUUCCAGAAACGAAAGUUUGAGUUCUAUGAUCCAGACACACCGUUCUACACUUCUCCACGGUUGCUCCCCCCAACCAAAACUGAGAAAUGCCGUGAUACAUUGAUGUUAGGUGCAGAUUAUUACCAAACUGAAUGUGAGAUAGCAUCGCUAUUAGCAAAAGGCAAGGUUCCAACUGGUAUUGGUAAAGACACAAAGAUCAGGAAAUUCAUCAUUGACAAGAAUGCCAGAUUGGAUGUACAAGAAGCGGAUAGGCCAGAGGAAGGAUUCUACAUUCGAUCUGGAAUCACUGUGGUAGUUGAAAAGGCUACAAUUCAAGACGGUACUGUUAUAUGA